AUCGAAUAGGUUGUUUUAGAAACGUGUCAUAAUUAUAAUUUAUUAUAAGACCGUAAUUGUUGAGAAAGUGACGUUGAUGAAGUGCGGGCAUGAGGGUGGCACGUGAGCAGCAAAAUUCUGCUGCGUGUCCACAUCUGUCAGAGAUUUUGACGGCUCUGAUUACUUGAGAAGAACGAGGGACUGGCCCUACCUCAAAGUCUCAAAUUAAGUCGUCUACACUGUGAAGUGUUGCCAGAUGGGUAGUUUCCCGCAAUUUUUAAAGAAAAUGUGCGGGCAAAAAUGUGCUUAGGCGGCUCAAUUUUCAGAUUGGUUGUAUAGUAUAGUUUGUGGAGUCAGCAGGUGUUUGGUUGUAUACUAUCAAUAAAAUCUGGCAACUCUGCAAAUGUGUCAUAUCGUCACGUCGUAUGGCAUGCGAGGUUCCGUCAAGCGACAAAAUCGGCCGGCCAUGGACAUCAGUAGGUGCAAUGACCAUCACAAUUAUGAAAUACUUGCUGAAAUAGGCGAAGGCGCUUAUGGCAAAGUGUAUAAGGGCAGAGAGGUCAACGGUCAACAGCGACUCGUAGCGGUGAAAAGGUUGAACAUACCCCGAGGGACAGAGAAUGGGAUUCCCGCUUUCAUGAUCCGAGAAGUUUCUCUCUUGCGUAAGAUUGAGUAUUUCAAUCAUCCCAACAUAGUGAAGUUGUUGGGUGUAUCUGCUGGACUGAAGAACCAGAGUCUGGACCUGACAUUGGUGUUUGAGUACAUCGACCAGGACCUGUCUACAUUCCUCGCCAUGGUCCCUGCCACUGGACUGAGCCUCGGGAAAAUCAAGGAUGUGAUGGGGCAGCUCCUGAAGGGGCUGGACUUCCUGCAUACUAACAUGCUGGUGCACCGUGACCUUAAGCCGGACAAUGUACUGGUCAGCAGCCGCGGGGAGGUCAAGAUUGCUGACUUUGGGCUGGCGCGCAUCUACACUUACCACAUAGCCCUAACACCCUGUGUGGUAACACUGUGGUACAGGGCCCCGGAGGUGCUUCUCCACUCCAGCUACAUGUCCUCUGUGGACAUGUGGAGCGCUGGCUGCAUCUUCGCCGAACUCUUCCUCCUGAAGCCGUUGUUCCGUGGGGACACUGAGGCUCAGCUGCUCCACAGAAUCUUUGAGGUGAUUGGCCUGCCCAGUGAGGAGGACUGGCCCAGGGAGAGCCCAAUCUCCUACUCCCCUAGCUGGGCGUCAGGAGGCCCCUGCAACACCCUCCUAUCUAACCUAGGCCAGGAGGAGAACAACCUGCUCCUUCUCUAUGUCCUCGACUACAGAAAUGUCUUGAGUUCAGCCCCACCAAUCGCAUCUCGGCCUCCAAAGCCUUGGCGCACCCCUUCCUCACUGGCGUCUGAGGGGCCUCUGCUGGCCAUGAAGAGGAGAUCGUCUAUCCUGUAGGACGCUGAGGGUUCUCUUGCCGUAAGAUCCAAAGGAAAAUGGAAAGUCAGCAAUGAUGUUUUACUAUAAUUUUCACAACAUCAUGGAUAUUCAUGUCUCGAUUGAUUUAAAUCUGAAAUGCAUUUCUGAAGACACAUUUUGCAUUGGUGAAUAACCCCAAUUAUCUGGAUUAGUGAUGUGGAAACUGGAUCUUAUGGCAUGACAUCUCAAAGUGGGAGGAGAAGGCAACGAAUUGAGAGUAAUUUAAACUACAACAGAUAUAUUGUUUUUUUUUUUUUACACAAACUAAAUAGGUCAUACAAAUGUAACUAACUGUAUAACAGGUUGUUUCUUUUGAAAAGUGAGGCAUGCCAGCCAAUAACAAAGUCGUGAUACGAAAAAUCGAAUGAAAGUUUAACCCUUGAAAUAAUACUAAACAUUUUUGUACAACACCUUACACCAAGGGAUGAAAAACCAUGUAUGUAACCUGGAAGGCUAACCAUCUUCCCAACACGCCUUUAGGAAGACUCCACGGUGGGAGAUUUUACAUGGUUCAUUAAUUUGUCAGGGUCUUGACAGUCAUUCUAAAGGAUUUCAGAAUGACAGUCACAGGGAAAAGGGUUUGAGUCAAGGUACCCCCUAAUCACCUAUAUUGGUGUGAGGUGUUGUUCUCCAGCACUGACGUUGUGCCCCAGUUGAAGUUCAGUCACAGAUCAUUGUUCACAGGCAUAUUGCUACCAUAACUGAUUUGAUUAAGUGUAUAGAACAAUGUUGAAGUAUUCAGACUUUUUUUUAAUAUACUGAACUACUAUAGUCACUAUUUUAAAUUGCCCAUAUUACAUUUUCUUGGACUUGGUUUCUCUUGAUUACCUUGAUUUGAAUGUCAGGCAUUGAUCAGAACACUAACUAUUGCAUUUAGAAAUCAAAUCAUUCAGUUUGUAAACAACGUAUAAUGUUUUAAUUCAUCUUGAUCAGUGUGAAGAGGAGCCUCCGUUAUACAGUAAAUUGCAUAUGUGGUACCUUAACUUAUAUAAAAAGAUGCAUUGUUGAUUGAUUUGGUUAUACCAUGUAUUUGAUACAUGCCAGAAUGCAGAAACAAGAGCUGUAACAACAUUUUACAGGAGGGCAGAAUGUUGAUAAUUUAGAGGGGAAAUGCUUUCAUUUAUUACUGAGUUUUUUUGUAAUAUUAAGUAAUAUUAAUUUCAAGAGACUGCAAGUAAAUGGCACCCCUGUAUAAACAUGUGAAUGCACUAUUUGUUAUGAUGUUCCCAAAUGCACCUUUAUUUUAUUUUUUAUUUCAUAUAUUCUCAGUUUAGAUUCUUUACAUUCUUUAAAAUUCGUUAAAUAUCUUUAUAUGUUAAAUUGGCCAUAACAAUAUUUUUAGGUGCUAUUUGUAUGUAAGAGUGUUUUUUCUAACAACAGAAUCCUCUGUCAUUUCUCCUAUUUAUUUUGCUUUAUAAUUAUAUAUUCAAAUCUAUUUGUUUCUUUACCAUUUACAAUGUUUAAAAUUCUAUAAAACAUUGCAGGUUUGCUGUUGUUUGACUUGGUUUGAUUUCAGCUUCAUGUUAUAUAAUUUCAAUAAAGAUUUUGUCACUAUCAAGUCUACAAAUGUAUUUUUAUUAUUUUA